UUAAAUAUGUUUUUAAUAUGGUAGAUAUUUUUUAUAAACCGAAACACCGAAAAAACGAAAAAACCGAACCGAAACCGAACCGAUAUCCGGAUUGAACACCCCUAAUUCUAAGGCUAAUAAUUUCAGGGUAAAAAUUAAUAUAUUUCCAAUUAUUUAAAAAUUACUUUUUAAAGAUGUUUUGUGCUCUCUCCCUAUAUUUUUACAUUGAGCCGUCACCAUCUAUACAUUUCGUUUACCUUUCCGGUGUGUGGGAUUCUCACCAUCACCGAAAAAGACUCACAUAUUUGCUCUUGUUCUUCCUCACUUUUUUCUCCUCUUCUUCCUUAGAUUUCAGCUCAUGUUAGGAACUUCAUCUCCUUGGGUUGAGUCGAGUUUAGUCGUCUUUAAAGUUGUUUUCCUCGUCGUUGGCUUACCAUCGAUAGUCCAUUCUCGUCUUGGUUUUCAAGAUAUGAGUUUUGGUGAUCUGACUUCUAUAGCCCGAGGACGGUUCCACGAUUUGAUGAUUUUGUUUUGUGACAAUUUUGUUUUGUCUACCCUUCCAUCUAUGUUCCCUCAUCUCGUUGCAGCUUUCAUCGCUGCUUGCGUCUCUGUGACUCUCCCAUUCGCCAUGUUUGCCACUCUAGGUUUGGAUAGUGUUCUCCUCCGAGUAUGCUCUGUAGAUUUGGAAGAAUGUUUCUGGUCUCAAGUCUGGGCUCUGGUUUCUCUGGGGUUGGCUUAUGUUCUCCCUCAUUCAGGUUGUUCUCUUCUUCCCUUGCUUCCCUUAGUAUAAGUGUGCGGUAUUAGUCUGUUGGAGCUUUGGUCCCUACUAUCCAGAGCUUUGUGGUUCUUCACCGGCAUAGGCGUCUUGUUUGUGCUUGUUUAGUUUGUGAGGUGCUUCUUACCUCUUAGCUGGUGGUUGUGCUUAUCGUUCGUUAUGUAUGUCUCUUCCUGAUUCGUGGUGAUUUUGGCCUUCUGUUGAUUAUUCUUCCUCUAACCCGUUUUCUUGGUUCUUUGCAUUGGUCUUUGAUCACGCUCCUUUGUGUUCGAGGGAUUGCUUUAUCUCAAGAUUAUCUUUCUACAUUUUUCUGACUUUUGAUUGUUCUGGCCAAGACACUCUUAUGAUUGUUAGUUUUCGUUCUGGAUCGCCUUUGAGCUCUGGACCUUUAUUGAGUUAGUGUUACUUUAGCAUUAUUUUUUUGUAAUUAUGGAGGUUUUAUGUUUAGAUUAUGUGUUCUGCUUUAGUUUGGUUAAUAUUAAGAUAAAUAUAUAGUUGUAAAUGAAAUAAUAGAAAAUAGUAAAAAAUAAUAAAAUAGCGAAAGUUUAUGUUAUUUUUAGCUGUGAAUAAAUUAAAUAUUUAAAAUAUAUUUAUAUUUGUUUUACUUAUUUCUUUAUUCGUUUUACAAUUUUUUGAACAAUAAAAUAGAUUAUCAAACUUCAAAUGAUGAUGGUUAGUGUGAGAAUGAUUAGAUAGUGCAUAAUUAGAAAAAAGUGAACCAAAUUGAAAUAAUCUAAAAGAAGAAGGAUCUAAAAUAUAAAAAGACAAAAAAAAGUACACAUGUCAACAAACCCCCCCCCUUCCACAUAUCAUAAGAAGAGAGAAAAGUCUACUUUAUAUAUUUAAAAUAUAUUUAUAUUUUUUUUACUUAUUUCUUUAUUCGUUUUGCAAUUUUUUGAACAAUAAAAUAGAUUAUCAAACUUCAAAUGAUGAUGGUUAGUGUGAUAAGGAUUUGAUAGUGCAUAAUUAGAAAAUAGUGAACCAAAUUGAAAUAAUCUAAAAGAAAAUGAUCUAAAAUAUAAAAAGACAAAAAAGAGGACACAUGUCAACAAACCCCCCUUCCACAUGUCAUAAGAACAGAGAAAAAUCUACUUUAUAUAUUUAUAUUUUUUUUACUUAUUUCUUUAUUCGUUUCGCAAUUUUUUCAACAAUAAAAUAGAUUAUCAAACGAUGAUGGUUAAUGUAAGAAAGAUUAAAUAGUGCAUAAUUAGAAAAUAGUGAACCAAAUUGAAAUAAUCUAAAAGAAAAAUGAUCUAAAAUAUAAAAAGACUAAAAAAGAGGACACAUGUCAACAAACUCUCCUUGCACAUAUCAUAAGAAGAGAGAAAAUUCUACUUUACAUAUAUAUAUAUAUAGAUAAUACUAAUACAUAUAUAUAUAUAUAUUGCAUAUGAAGCUAGGAUUUGCGAAGACGUGUUCAUAUAAUGGUCGGAUUUAACCAAUACAGGUUGCACAAAACGUUUCCAGAUUUUACCAAGAAUCAUUACACACAUGUAUUGUAAACAAAUAGCAUGCAUAUAUUUGUGAUGAUCACUUUUUAGAUGCAUAUAUGAGAAGCGUACAGGGUUGUAAGUGAAAAAAAAAAAAAAUACUAAUUCAGCUAUGAAAUACGUAUUUCAUACUACAAACUUUAGCUACGGAUUUAAGUCUUUGCAAACUAUCUUAAAUCAAAAUCGACGUAAACAUAAAUUUGGGUUUGGGUCUAAAAAAAUGUAUGUGGUAAAGUACUUAUAAGGAUUUCUUGAGAACUGGACCGAAAAAAUUGCAGUUGAAAAGCCAAGACAUUCACCGAAACGUCUUCAAAGCCAGGCUUCAUGAAAAUUUCAUAAAUGAAAUUAAACUGAUAUCAACUUAAAAUCGAUGGAACACGAAGUUAAUGUGAAAUAAGUUUCAAGACUGACAAUUUACAGUUUCAGCUAAUCUCUAACAUAUAUAUAGAUGUUCAUGCACUUUUCUCUCUUAUAUAACACCAAAGAUAAACUAGAAGCAAUAAUGAAGACCUCCAUUGUCUUCUUCGUAGUCAUUCUCUCCAUUUCUGCUAUCUCCUUAGCCAAGCAGAGCUCUCUGGAAGCUUGCAUAAGAAGUAACAUUGCCCGGUCACUCUCUCCUCCUUCAAAAACAUCUAAUUUCGAGGUGUCAGACGAAUUGUGCAGAGAUGAGGCACGAGCCAUCAUGUACUACUUGAGACUUAACAAAGAGUUCCCACCAUACUACGUCCAGGCGUUGUGCAAUAUAUUUGGAGAUGAUGAAAAGAAAGUGAAGGUAUACGUUACUAAGACAUGGAUGAAUCAUUCCAAGAAGCUCCUCAAUAGCUUAACAUGCAUGAGAAGAACCACACUGGUAACCAAGAUUAAGAGCCCUGUGGAAGAUUGCAUACGAAGAAAAAUUGCUCCAUCACUCUCUCCUUCGCCUUCCCACACAUCUCAUUUCGAUGUUAUGAAAGACCAGUUAUGCAGAGACGAGACACGCAUUAUUAUGUUCUUCUUGAAAAUGAACGGGAAGUUCCCAACUUACUACGUUGAGGCAUUGUGCAAUAUAUUUGGAGGCGACGACAAGAAAGUGAAAAAUUACGUUAUGAAGAAAUGGUUGGAUCAUUCGGAGAAGCUCAUCAAUAGCUUAACUUGUGUUUCUUGAUAAAAGAUAAUAUAAUUUUGAUGGAUCAAAACAAUUCAAAAAAUUUAAGAGGAAAAAACAAUUAACUGCUUUUCUUCACUACAGUUUUAAAAACCGGAUUGAAUGAUGAACCCGUAAAACAUAUGACUCCUGGUCCAACCUUUUAAUAACAUUUUUUUUGAUGAAAUUUUGAAUUUAUUUAUCAUCAUUAAGAAAAAUUUACAAAGAAUGCUUUUCUAAAAGAAUGAGGUUCUGUAUAUCUAGAGAGUGUAAUAGAAAAUUAACUGAAACUCCUUUCCUAACCAAAGACCUCAAACCACCUUCUCAUGAGUCCUUCAAGCCUAUGAUGACCCUUAUAACCCAGCGAGGUGAUCCGAUUCUUGACAACCUUAUUUACCAUACAGACCAACAGAUCUGUUCCUUUAAUCCCCUGUUGGUGCCUUCGGAGAUUUCUCUCCCGCUAGACAUGAUAAAUAACCACUUGAAACAGUAGUCGAAUGAGAAUCUAGUCCAGAAGUGAAUAAGCUCCUAAACACACUAACCUGAGCAUAUCUGACCAAUCUGGAUUUAUUCUUCUUCCUAUGAGCCUGCCUGCAACUCUGUCCCAAAUUGUAUAAGAAUAGGGACAUGCGAAGAAUAGGUGGUCACGAGUUUCAUCCCUGUCCCCACAGAGAAUGCAUCCUUGCGUAAUCCCCCACUGCCUCUUUCGAUCUCCAGUUGGGAGCCUGUUCUGUAUUGCAAGCCAAGCGAUGAAAGUACAUCUAGGAAUCCCUUGUUUAAACCACACCCCGUCACUCCAGUUUACUGCUUCUUUCUUGCAGCGUAUUUGUUCCCAAGUUCGAGCAGAAGAGAAGUACUCCUUAUAGUCAUCAGUAUCAUGCUUCCAGAGAAAUUUAUCAUCUUUCAUCUGCGGGUCGGGGACUGGCUCUGCUCAAAUUUUGGCUUGAAGCUCCUGGAAGUGGCGGCUUCUCUGGCCCCUUAUACUCCACUGGUUCUGGCGAACGGCAUCAUAAACCCUUCACUGCGAAGAAUCCCCAGAUAACGUGUGCCAGUUCCACCUCUUACAUCAAUAAGUCUGCCAAUUCUCAGCCAAUCAUCAUGCCAGAAGAAAGCUCUAGCCCCAUUACCAACUUCCACCCUGAUGAACUGAAAAGCCAGAGUAUGCAUCUUAAGUAGCUUCCUCCAUAUCCAUGAACCCGUUGACUCGUCACACACAUCCCAGGAGAUAAUGCCGAGUCCAUGAAACCCACAAGGAAUCUGACAUAUUAAAUAUGCGACAGAUCAAGCUGAGAGCAAAUACCCUAACUGAAUCCCUGAGUCUCCUUAUCCCUAGCCCCCCUCCGACUUAGGAUAACACAAAUCCUCCCAAAGAACUUUAGCUUCGUGAGUCUGAUUAGGAUCACCCGACCACAAAAAAGCACUACAGAGCCUUUCAAUUGUAUCCAGACAUGUCAUUGGCAAGAUAAAUGCUUGGCUCCAGAAGUUACCGAUGCUGAAAAAAUGGAAAGCGGCUACUAGGGUUUUCUUUUUUCGACAGGGGAGAUGAAAGAAGACAGGGAUAUUUUUGUCUUUUUAAAACUAAGGAUUGAUAUCUGCAUAUUUGGGAAAUUUCAAAUUGUGAUUUUAAAAUGAACAAACUACUAGCCCAAAGCCAACUGAAUCAAUAAUUUUUUUUUCAUAAUAAUAACAUUUUCUUUGGCUUUUAAUAAUUAAUAUAAUAUUUGUUGGAUUAAAUCAAUUUAAAAAUAUUAUAGUGUUUUUUUCAUUACUGUUUUGAAAACCAGACCUGAUGAUGAACUGGCAAAACAUAUUAGUCAUGAUUCAACCCAGUUCAACCAAAUUCUAAUUAUAAUUUUCACUAUUAUUAAAUGUAUACUUAUAAUACUAUUAUUAUAUGUAUACUUUUAAUAACAUCACAACAAAAUAUAUACAUAGUUAUAAUCACAUAUGUAUAUAUAUUUCUAUAAUAUUGUCCAUUGUAUUAAAUGCUCAAAAACAAAAUACUGAUGAUCAAUUAGUUUUUUCAUUCCAUUAAUGUCUUCCAUCUUAUUAUUUUCUAAAUCUAUUUUUUAAAUUGUUCAUACCCACUAUUUUUCUUCAAUUUUUAAUUCAAGUUUUGUUUAAUUUGAAUUCAAUAGAUACGAGUUGAAGGCACAAGUUAGAUGGUGAGUUAUUUUGAAAGACAUUUAUUGAUCUGUUUGUAAAUGUCUCAUCUCGGUUUUUCGUCUUUUCCUUCUAUUGUUGAUUUUUUUCUUUUUUCUCCAAGUCAGCAUGUUUUUUUGACCGCUUUUGAGUCAAUUAGGUUGACAUUUGUGUACUCGAUGGGCCUUGUCCUAUUGAUGCAAUCCAUCCAACAAUAAACCCCCAGCUUAUCGCUAGAGACAAAAUCAAUCUCGAUGAAUUUGCAAGAGUAUGUUCUAAGAGUAAAGAACUCGGCACUUGCCUUUCGAAUGAAUCCAAGCUUCCAUCUCGGCGCAUUAGUAGGCUACAAUCCGGUUCUCCGUGAACUAUCCUAGACCUGGUUUAAAUUAAUCAUACUGCUUUAAUUCAUAAACCGGAUUUUGGUUUACUCCGAGAAGUGGAGUCAGUGCUCCUCGAAAGGCAGAAAAUCGUGCCACCAUUAUAGGUUUCGUACAUGUCUUUUCAUUUUUCGAGCCGUAACACUAUAAAUAAAGGAUCAUGUUCCUAUUUCCCCACUUCUCUUCACAAUUUAAGGCAAUAUUCUCUAAAAACUCUCUCCACCUGUUUAUCACAUUUUAUUUUUUUUCCUAUCCACCACCAUAGAUUAGCUAGAUUUCUCCGAUCUGCAUCGAGUUCAUCAACUGUUCUUCCUGAGAAAAUGGUUUCGAUCCGAAGAUGCUCGACAAAUAGGAACAAGAAGGUCACUUACCCGAAUCCAGAUUCAUAGGUGGAUACCGUCCCGUUAAUGAUCUAUCAAGGAUUAAUCAAAGCGCCUUGAGAGACACUGCCGGGCUAGACUUCGAUCAACUUCAGUUGGUUUUUCAUGCUGAAGAGACGUUCAGAGCAGAUGGGAUUGUCAAGAUGAAGCAAACAAUCAUAUGGAAGAAUUUCCUUACGUCGGCUUUAACCCAUAAAGCACUAGAGAGGAAAUUCGACAUUUCUCGCAAAAAACGCGGUUUAUCCAUUAUAGUGUAACUGGAUACCAGCCUGAGAUUGACGAGGCCAAUAUUCGUCCUCUAACCAUAAACGGAUAAAACGAGGCAGACAUUCAGUCGAGAUGGUCAAACUUUGUGAGUGUGAAAGAACUCCUUGAGAAACUCAGCAUCUCUCCUAAUUUCACGUUUAUCAUUCCACAGCCCGAUCAAUGUCCGUGGACCCCUCCAAUAGGUUAUUCUUCCAUAUACGAGUCUUGGUUCUCGAAAGAUGCUAAGAUGUGGUUUCAUCCCUGCGACUCAUUACGGCCUACUGCAGAAGGCGAGACAUCUCUCUCUCUCUCUCUCAACUGAUAACGGGUUAUAUUAGGAUUGUUGUAGCACUGAUUGUCAUGGAUGAUGCGAUCAAUGUUUCAGUGAGCCUUAGGCUCUUCUAGGAAAGGAAAACAGUUAUGGUGGACCAGAAUGGUUAUAUCUACAUAAAGAUGAGGACCGAGAACAAUAUCCUGACCGGAUCCCUCAAAAACUCGCAACUGAUUGUGUCAUUAGGUUUAUGUUUGGAUCAACCGAGUCACCUUUGUGGAACUACCAAUCGAUUCUUGAGUGUUGUGGAAUCUGAGAGUUGGUAGAUAGACAAAAUCGUACCUAUCUUCGGAAUAAAAAGAUAUUGAUUCUUUUAACCUUCUUUUUCUUUUAUUUUUCAGUUAUGCAUCCUAAUAUGAUGGCAAAUUUGGAGAACUUUUUCAAGACAUUGUAAAGGCCGCAGCUCUCAGUCACCAAACUUGGUCGAAGAUCAUUGACAAAAUGAUCAGACUUUUUCUUGCGCAUAUAGAUAAAGGUAAUCGACGGUCCUAAGUCUUAACUUUCUUUUUACAUUUAUGAUUAUAUCCUCCAUUCUUUGGAACAUUUUAUUUUACGCAGCUGAAUGGGCUUCUAAAAUCCCUUGCUCAAGAGACCGCAGAAAGAGACUGAACGUUUAAAAAUGAUUAAGGGCAAAGUAAAGAAGAACAUCCUUAUUUAUGCCGACUAUAUUGGGAAAGUGGUGGAUCUGAUCAGUGUUAUGAAUCCGAUGCAGAUUCUUGACAGAUGGCGUCCCAGACUCCCACUCUUCCCGUUCCGACUGUGAAGCCAUCCAAGUCAUAGAAGAAGAAAAGCAAGUCGGUGAAGAAGGAAAAACAACAAAAUUGGUAGAGAUCUUCAAAAUUUGCUAAGGAGAACGUAUAGAUUUCCUACUGAACAACCUCCACCUCCUGUUGACAAUACAGAGAAAGGUGCCAAAGAGUCUGUUUGGCCAUCCAACAUUCAUGCACACAAGGAGGAAGAGACUUCUAAUGCAGAAAAGAUCCUAUC